AUGAUCACCAUCACCGUUGAUCCCCAAUCUUCGGCUAUCCUCCUCCAAACACCAUUGAUUCCCGUCUUUGGCUGUCCUCCCACAAGCAUGUCGAAAUCAACGCCGCCCCUGACUCAAAACCCAACCCAUCACGAUCAGGCAUUAGCACCUGAGGAUAGUUCAUAUUCCCCUGCUGAACAACCGGAAACCACUCUGUCGGCGAUUCGCUAA